AUGUCGAAAGCCUGGAAGACCUUGAGAAGGCGGGCAGGCCAAAAUCCAACACGAUCCAUAAGCCAUGACCGGAAUGGAGAUGCGACCGAGACGAUUACUGAGCUUAUUGAGAGCAGAGUACAUACAUGGAAUUCCAUCUGGCUAUCCAGAGCAACGCUAGGUGUCAUAGCAACAGUAUUUGCAUUGCUGGCGAUUACCUUGCUCCUGCUAUGGAGGUUGAAUGAACGAGAUGGCGGAUUCACUUUGAUCACAAGCAAUCACUAUUCGUGGACAUACGGCCCCACUGGAAUCCUGGUUAUUGUCGUUGCAUUCUGGCGACAAGUCGACUUCCAUUGCAAGCUCAUUGCGCCUUGGACCGUCCUAAAGAACGAGCAACAGACUGCUUCACAAAACCUGCUACUGGAUUAUGUGUCUCCUAUACAGGUUACGGGUCUCAUCAAGUCUUUCUCCAAUCGGCAUUACAAUGUUGCGGUCGGAAUCGUGGGUUUCCUCUUGCUGAAGCUGAUCGUCCUUACAUCAACAGGCCUGUUUGUCACUGUCUCAACACCUGUCCAGCAACAAAAUGUCAACCUGAUACAAACGAGAAGUUUCGACGGACUACUGGCCUCCCAAUCUCCCCCACCUACCUUGAAUGAUUCAUCGCUUGUGUACACAGCUUAUGGAAUCCUGUCUCGAGGGCUGGAUUACCCUCUGGGGACAUAUGAAGGUCUCGCUUACGAGACAUUCAAGCCGGAGACAGCUUCCGUGCUCGACAGCAUGGCAAUCACUACUACAUUACAUGCACUAAUCCCUGUCUUCGAAUGCCAGGCGGCCCCGAUUACCGUCAAUCUUGCACCUGCAAAUACGACAGACUUGCACCCAAGCGAUUCGCUACAACUUCAAUUCCCAGAGUGUCAACUGCUCCAGAAUGGCAACGGAACGCCUGUCUAUGCGCUCAAUCCGCAGCUUUUCGCAUGUCCACCUAGGCAACUCAGUCCUUUGGUGCAGAGAAUUAGCUGCUUCAACGAGACCGACGCUGCAACUGCAGACGAUUGGCAGCUUCUCACCUUGGUUGAUAUGCGCUACAAUCAGACACUCUCCGCCUCUCCAGAGUCAGACGCCCUUGGUGACAGCGUUGAGGCUUCUUCAUGGUUGACCACUGUCACCCAAAUUACAGGGAUAGCAUGCCGAUCAACAUACACGAUGGAACGAGUCAAUGUGACGUACGAUUACUCGCGGAAUCCCGUGAACGUUACCGUCACGCGUCCUGAAUAUGGAGCCAAUCAGACCUUGGACGGCCUCUCCAAUUUCGACGUCGGGACGUGGUUUACUGCGUCGUUACUUGCAUCAGCUGACAUGUUUGGCAACAUCGUAUUUGACUCCUACGACGAGCAAUACCCCAACACAAUGUUCGAGAUGAUGGCUCAAGUGGCGGGUGGUGGCUAUGAAGCACUUCUGGACGAGAACACCAUGAUUCAGAGCGCGGAAACAGUUUUCAAGCAGGUUGCUGUGCAGUUUCUGAGCAAGUACAUGGCCCAAGACGUCAAAACGCCACUCCAAGGUCAAGGCCAUUACAUCCAGGACCGACUGCAAGUGAACACUGUUUCUCUUUGGUUGAUGUUUUCCGGAUUUCUGCUCAUGACAAUCAUCACCGCAUUCAUCAUGAUAAGACCAGGUCAAUAUGUUGUUCCGCGUGACCCGGAACCGCUCAUCAGAACUGCGUUGCUUUCAAGCGCAAGUCCCGAGCUGGACAACAUCCUCACAGGUUUAGGAGAGGCCUUCCAGGGACGCAUGGAGGCGGCUCUGGAGAAACACAAGUUUGCAAGCAUCGAUUCCACUAAUGAUAGAUCCCGAAGAACUUUCGCUAUUACUGUUUUUGAAUCAUCAAGGGAUCUGCUCGAACCGAAGCAGGAGUUGCGAGCCGCUUGGUGGAAGCCAAUGAGCAGUCGACGCACUUUUGUAACCGUCACUUUACUGUUGCCUCCAACGAUCAUUGCAACUCUUGAGGUGCUUCAACGGAUCUCAGACAACAAGUCUGGCAUAACAACUGUCUCUGCUGAGAGUUCUCUGUCAGCGAAAGCGUCGACGCGAUACCUUCCGGCUCUCGUGAUGCUCCUCACCGCGACACUGUUCAACUCCGUCGAUUUCACGAUCGCGGUUCUUGCGCCAUACAAUGCACUGAAGUCUGGAGUCCGAUCAGCUGAGUCCACAAUUAUGUGUACCAUCGUUGGCUUGAUGCCUCCUGCUGCUUUGUGGGUGUCCAUCAGGAAUCGUUAUUGGGGUGCAGCUUUCUCAAGCAUAGCGGCCUUGUUGGGUAGCGUGCUCACCAUCGUCAGCUCCGGCCUAUAUACUAUCGAUUUCGUCCCGGUUGUGUCCUCAAUGUCGAUACAGAGGACCGAUGCUUUCACCCCAACAUGGACGAACAGUGUGCUGAAUGAUAGUGGCGCUGCGGUGCUGACCAGUCUUAGUGAGGGCUCGAAUCUAACAUAUCCGCAGUUUACAUUUGACGAGCUCGCUUUACCUGGGGUACAACUUGUGGGCGGGCAGUCCAAGAUGUUCAUCAAUAGCCAGGCCAGUCUGAGCGUCCAGCUUCCAGGUGUACGAGCAUCCCUGAACUGCACCUCACUUGAGGCGUUGCACUUCAACAUAUCAACAUUCUACAACCCUGAGUCUGGGCCGAGCGCGUCCGUCAGUGCGUCCGCGCCACUUCCGCAUGCAUGCCCUUACGGCGGAUCAGGUGGCAAUCUGACCACCAUGGAUUUCGAACAGACUUUCCAACUUCCAUUCACCGCCAACUCCAGCUUCGUUGCAAAGAUGCUGGAUAUUCACGUUGGUCCGUUCGACCCUAUCCUCGCAUCGAGCUCGGGCGAACUAGCACCCACGACGCAGAACGACAACCCUCCUGGAUGUCCAUCUCUAGCCUUUAUUUAUGGAUACGUCGAUGUGAACGAGGUGUCUCAAAACGUUGUGACGACGCUCAUGUGCUAUCAGCAGAUGGAACAAAUCACUAUAGACGCCACACUCGCGCUUCCGGACCUUGCCAUUUCCCAGAAUUCACCACCAGUCGCUAACGAGUCAACAAGCCUGCUUAUAGCAAGCAGUUCUGACGGCGAAACAGCCUUUCCCUACCGUCUGGAAGUCCAUAUGGACAACGAGCUAUCAAUCUUCAACCAGACACAGUAUAGUUCUACCAAAAUCUCACAAGCCACAGUGGAUGGGUUCUUCCAGGGAGUGCUAUUGGGUAAGUAUCCAAUACCACAGGCUUGGCUUGCAGACUCGACACGCGUGACUGAGGUGAUGUCCGCCAUCCAGUCAUUCUACAGACGGUACAUGGCACAGGCUAUCUCGGGGAACAUGCGCGUGCCCACGCCCGCAGCGGAUGCCGAACUGAUUAACGGAACGGUGAUCAUGCCCCAGGGCAUGCUACGGGUGAAACAGAACAAGAGUUCGAAGCUAGUCCUGCAGAUAUUGCUGGGCGUCAUGUUUGUGUGCGGGGUGCUCGCAGUGUCGCUGUCAUCUUUGAGGGAAGUUGUGCCUCACAAUCCAUGUACGAUCGCGGGUGUGAUGGCGCUCUGGGCUGGUAGCGCGUUCACGGCCCCAGAAAAUGCGGAGACGGGCGGACAUACAGACAGAGACAACGCUGAAUUACUGCGCAGCAGUGCAUUCGAUGGCUGGAAAUUCAGGCUUGGAUGGUGGGAUUUGAAGGAUGGGAGCAGAAGAUAUGGCAUUGAUGCUGUGCGGAAGAAGGCCGAUUGGGGCGAGUGGUGAUGGCAGAAAAUUGCUGGCCGAGAAAGUGCAAUCAAAGCAUCAGCAUUUCGACGGUGGUUUCGCUUGGUUCACUUUCAAU